GUUUGGUAGGGUGUGCCACAAACUCUUCUAACCGUCAUUAUGAUGUAAACGUUAGGUAUAUUAUUUGAAUAAUACGUUACUGGUGUCAGGAUAGUCCGUAAUUUCCCAAUUUGUCCUGAAUGGUGGAGACUUUUCUCUUAAGUGAAUUGCCUGCUUGACAUGGUUUCUUUACACGUCCAUGCUUCCACGCCGUGUGUCACGGCAAUUGUUUGGGUCGAGUUUUCUUAGGAUGGAGCUUCCCCUCCUGCACACUAUUGACAGACAUUAGGUAUAGGUCCCUCUAUGUCACGCAUGUUCAACUAUUCCUUUCACUGCAGGCAAGCGGGACACGUGAUCCUCCCCGUUACUCAGAACAGCUUACAAAGCAUGCAAUAUAGAUCCCCAUAGUGGUGAGUAGAGGAGCUGGUACACAGCGUUUACCUUUAGUUUCAGUUCAUUGCCGCGACAGGUUUGCCAUUAUUACCACUAGACACAGUCACUAAAGACAGAGAUAAUGAAACAGUUUAACGACAUCGUUACCUGGCUCAAGGGACACAUUUCCAUCAUUAGUCUGGUGAUUCUUGGUAUCGGAAACCACUUAGUAAGCGAUGAUCUGUUUUGCUGUCCAUGCGGGGAUGACAGUCUGCGAGCAGGGUAUACAUUUUCGUUAGCAUUUACUCCAGCUGUUCUUCUUUUUGUACUUGAUGCACCCUGGAAGUCUGCGCGUGUUUCACGAGUGUUUAAUGGUUGUUGUUUAUGCCGUUCAUGCUGUUCAUGCUGUCCAUGCUGUUCAUGCUGUUCAUCCUGUUCAUCAUGUGUUCCAUUUAGGCGUCCCAUAAUGCUUUCAAUAGGGUGGAUAAUCUACUGCUUGGUAGAGCCAAAGUUUACAAGCUGCAUUACAGGAACACAUACAUGCGAUGAGGGAAAAAAUGAAAACAAUCGCAAAAGUUUGAUAACGACAGCGCUAGCAGGAAGCGUUCUUGGCCUUAGUCUUUGCGCGCUGAUUGGUUGUUUCUUGUACUAUGCACGCUGUUGUUCAAAGACAAUCUUGUCUCCGCAAUAUCAGCAGACCAACAUCUCAGAGAAUCGUGGGACAGAAGACUCAGAAGAAGAAGUAGUAACGGGGUACCUGAAAGGAGUGGAUUGGAAGAUCUUGUCAUUAAUUGUGGAAGAAGAUCUCGUGGGUGUUAAACUACUCAAGGAACUUCAAAAAAAUGAUUUUAAAAAGCUUGAGGACAGGUUAAACAUGGGUCAGCGAAACACACUGAGAAAAAUUUGCGAAAUGCUGAAUCCAGCCGCUGAACAUCAAACAGGGCAACAGAGUGUAAGAGAAAGACACGAGGGACCUGACACUUCUCCCAGUAUUAAUGCCGCUUCUAAUGAUUUUGAUAGACAAGCACGGCAACAAAGUGCUGAAGAAAGUAAUGGAGAACCUGGUACUUCUGCCAGGGAUGAUUGUGAAACUUCUGUGAAAACACCAAGAUUAGGAGUAAAUAUCAAACAAAGCUAAAAGGAAGAAAAAAUUCGACUUUUGUCUAUGGCUGCCCCAAACUACACCGACGCUUGAAACCGGAUUUAUUCGUUUGAUUUUCUUUAUGAAUUUCCUUUACUGAGCGAAACAGUCGUUUUGAAGCACUCAUUACAAUUCAAACAUCUCCAAUUCCCAACUACACAUACACUAUAUAGAAAAAGCUGAAGAGAACAGACAGUGUAAUCAUGGCAAAAUAGGGAAGAGGUAUCUAUGAUACAGUCUGACGCUGUUGACUUACGAAGGUUGCUUUGCCAUCACAUCACAUCCAGUCUGCGAAAAAUGCUCUGUGGGUAAUAGAUAAUAAACUUUUUUUUUUCGAAAAGACAUGUGCAUCACACAGAAAAAUGAAAUUUCAAUGUGUCCCAAAGCCUGUUGGAAUAGCUUUCGUUCCAUUUUUAGUCAUCGUCAUAUUCAUUUCCUGUAAUUUUCUUAUGAGUAGUGGUAUGUCAAGUAUUAACUGAUUUGAAAUGUUGCAUAAAAAUAUGUCAAGUUUGAACUUGAAGAAAUCAUGUAUUAAAAAUGACAUUACAAAGAAAACAAAUCCGGGAAGAUCAUCAAACAAUUAACAACGUUUGCAAGCGACAUUAUCAUUUGUUGUCAGGAGUUUACUAUUGAGAUAGUUACUUGCAAGCUGGAGUUCGUGGCGAAGAAAACUGUUUUUUUGUCACUGCCACUGUUUCAGUGAUUACAUUACAUCUGAUGUAUUACAUGUCUUUCGUGUUUUUCUUGACCUUUUGUAGCUUUUUCAUAAUCUCCUGUACAUAUACAUAGUCUCGUUUGAUUCAGCUGAGGUGCAUUGGUGUUUACUUUCUAGCCUUUUAUGUAAUUUAAUAAAAACAGUGCUAACACCUGCACAUGAUUUUUGAAUGUCCAUCGCUGCUUAGGGAAUCCACUGAUCCAGCAUUUGUUGACCUAAAUAGGAUGGAAGCGUUGGAUUGUGUGGGUACCAGCUAUUAGCUCCAACCCUUGCCAGAUAUUUUGCAAACCCUGACAUUUAGCAUGUCUUGAGCAGUCAUCUCUAAGCCCGGCCUGUAAGGCACUGCAAGACCGUAGUCAUUGGUGCCAGUGUUUGAUAAGCGUCUAACCGACGGAUCCAUCACACAGAAAUCUGGGCGUUGUCCUUCUUCCCUUUUCGUUUGUUUCUUCUUUGUUGACGGGUUGUUCCUGGAUCUUCUCCAUCUAAACUGAAUUGUGUGUGGAUGUCUGGUGGUCUCCGGCAAAUUAUUUGCUUGUGACAGUCAGCUCCUGAUCGUUACAUCAAAACACGUACGUAGAAAGCGAGAAGAAAAAAGAUCUCCAUUUGUCUUUUCAACCGCCCUGAUAGAAGGCCUCAGUAGAGGUAUAUUUUUCUGUUUCUCAAUUGUUUCAUGCUGCAGAGUGUGCGGGGCGAGCAUACUGAUGUGCGCGUGUGUCUAUGUCUUUUUUAUUAUCUGUGUGUGGUUCAUUUUUUUCUCUUUCUAAUCCAUGUUGCAUUAAUAAAUUUGCUUUUUCGUAUCCUUUA